UUGCCUGUCCUUCCUCCGGAUCUCAUCGUCGAGAUUCUCACCUGGAUACCCGUCGAUUCGCUGCUCCGAUUCAGGUCCGUAUCAAAAUGGUUCAAAACCCUAAUCUCCAGUCCUGAUUUCGUUAAAUCACAUCUAAGAAAUACGAAAGCGCUGUCCGCUGUCAAACCGAAUCGCGUUGAUCGGCUGUUCAGGCGGUCAUUGAACUUCGUCCGGCGCGUUAUCCGAUCCGGUGUCGAACAGAAUCCUCCCCCUUGGGGUUUGCAUUCGUGGUCGCUAGACACAUUAUACAAUGCCCCCGGAAUCGAAGGUGUUGAACUCGUCGAUACGGUGAAGCGAGACUUUAUCAGCGAUGAUUGGGCCGUUGGGUCAUGCGAUGGGAUGCUAUGCUCUGUUGGGUGGUACUCCAGGAUGGUUGUAUGGAACCCAUCUACCGGAAUCGUCAUGGAAUUGCCCGACUUGCCGUAUGUUGCUUCAACUGAAGAGAUGUUUGAGAUUAGCAGGGUUUCUGGAUUUGGUUAUGAUUGUCAGCUUGAUGAUUACAAGGUGGUAACGAUGAUCUCCUGUCCAGCUGAGAAUUGUACUCGGCAUGAUGAGUUCGAAACGCAAGUUAAAGUCUUUGCUCUCAGUACUACAUCCUGGAGGAGGAUUGAUAAUUUCAAGCAUGGGAUUCCUAUUGGGAAUGGGAAGUUUGCUGCUGGCCGACUUUACUACAAAGUGCGCAGUUUUGAUGCAGGGGAUCUCGAGCGGAAGGACACCCUAUUCUCACUUGACCUUGCAACAGAGAAAUUUAACAAGAGCCUAGAGUUACGGAAUCUUGGACUAAGCUGUUCAGGGUCGAUCAGCUUGAGGUCAAUGCACGGUCACUCGUGCUACUGUAUAUUUCAGAUAAUGGUGAGGCUCUAUGGAAGAAUGGUGCUGAUUUGUUCAUUUACAAUUCCAAGGACAACACUUUCAGGUUUCCUAGAUCGAGAGGUUUGUCGGAUCCUAACAAUCGCGAGGUGAUCUACAUGGAGACCUUAGUUUCGCCCAGAAUGGAUAAUUAGCCACGGGUGAGGUAAGUAGUUUUAACCCGACUAGAUCAUCUAUUUGCAUGGACAUGAUGAACACUGCUGCAAAAGUAUACUACACGAUCACUCAACAGAGCUUUUGCAACAUUGAAACCUCUAGGGAAUCGUCUGAUUGCUUCCUUACUUGGAAUUAUGGUUGUGGAAUGUGAAAUUGCUUGAUCUACUGUUUCCUCUGGUGUUUCUGCAACCUGCUUUUUCUUUCCUUUUUCCUGUUCUAUGUUGGUAUAACCCUAUUUUGGUAAUCUUUUGAAGUUGUGAAAUUAGUUACAGCACAACAGCGACAUGAGUUGAAUUUACUUGUGGCAAUGGUGCAUACUUUUGAAGUUUGGACAAAAUGUUGAUGAGGUCAUUUAUUCAUUUGAGUUACUUGCAUAUACAUAAUUAGCUGCUGAUUAGGGAUUGAUAAUGACAUCCCACCUGUGGUUUCUUCACCUGCUCUCUUCGUCCCGUAUCUAAAUGUAGAACCGCAGAUAAUGAGAGGUAAUUAAUAUAGCAGCUUGUG